AUGAUUUAUUCAUUCAAAAUUGUCGCGAUAUCAUCAUCAUCAUCAUCAUCAUCAUCAUCAUCAUCAUCAUCAUCAUCAUCAUCAUCAUCAUCAUCAUCAUCAUCAUCAUCAUCAUCAUCAUCAUCAUCAUCAUCAUCAUCAUCAUCAUCAUCAUCAUCAUCAUCAUCAUCAUCAUCAUCAUCAUCAUCAUCAUCAUCAUCAUCAUCAUCAUCAUCAUCAUCAUCAUCAUCAUCAUCAUCAUCAUCAUCAUCAUGA